CGAAAUCUUAUUACUAUUUUUCUUUUCCUAUGCUUAGUCUUCUGUCGAUGCUGAUACUGUUAAUACUUCUACUACUCUCGAAUUUACUUUGAUACGAUUUGAUCUCAUCGUGCUGAUGUGGCAAGGUAGCUUAAAACUAUGCACAUGUGUCAGCUUCUACGUUGUAUAUGACUCACUGACUCGAAAAUUUAGUUCUAAACGUUUUUUCAACUAGAGAAAAUGAAUGUUCAAACUCAAGACUUGACAGUAAUUGAAGUAAAUGAGUAGUAGCCUUAGUUGUUUGAACGAAAAUAAUCUGGUAGCUGGAUUUUGAGCUAUCAGCAUGACAACUGCUUAAAGGUAUUUGGUAACAGUUUUAAGUGUAUGAUGGUAUCGUAAAUACACUUACAAGUAAACAAACCCCAAGUAACCUACUUUUCUGUUCUUUCAUAUCUAUUGCUUUACGCCAGUCAGUCAGUAAGGUAUAUGCAACCUAGAAUCUGACACUUGUGCCGUAUGGCUGUAUCGGUUGUUUUUAAAUUCGCUGCAUGUAAUUUUGUUAUUCUAAUAUAUUCCUGUACAUAUUUGUAUAUUUACAUGUUUAGGUACUGUAUUAAAAUGAACUGAUGCGGUUAACUGGCUUUCAGAUGCCCCUAUCACUACUACCACCAGUAUAUCCAUCAAAAUCACGAGACUCCUUAAACUUAAGUACAGAAAUUCAUCAGCCUCCUGAAUCAGGAGAAAAGAUUAGUAGUGCUGCUAGUGAAGCUGCUUUACAUAGAUGCAGAUUAUAUGAAUUGCGCCAGACGUUCUUGGGGAUCUCUACUUCAAAAGACCCUUGUCCGCAUUGUCAGACAGGAAUCUCUACGUGUACAUAUGUGAGCACAGAUAAUCACUCUUUUUAUACCAGCCCCGUGGGUAGUUUAGGGUGCACUGUUUUAAAUUCAGCAAGGUUUGACCGUGGUCCUUCCAUUUAUGUAAGUACCCCUGAUAUUGAUUGUCUUUCUUCUGCCACUGAAUCAGAUAAACUUCGUGAAUCUGUAAAUAUGUACCAUAAAACUACUCAGAAGCAGCCUUCACUAAGCUAUUAUCCUAAUGUUGAAUACGAUCAACUUGAUACGGCUGAUCAACUUCCAAGUCCUAAUUAUUCAUCCUUUAUUUAUUCAAAUCCUCUUACAUCAUGUGAAAAAUAUGCGUCUAUAGAAUCUUCAUUGUCUGGGAAAUUUACAGCAAAGCCCAGUUUAUUUAUCAGUGAGGCUGGGUUUUGUCCUUUAACUCCAGAAGCCGUUCAUUUAUCCUCAAACGAGUUCGCAGAAAGUUCUAGUCCCUCAAAUUCGGACUGUUCUCAUGAAUAUUUUGCAUCCAAUGAGAAUCUAAACUGUCCGAAGUCCAACAUUAAUAUUACUAGUUUGAAAGAUGUAACAUGGUUAUCUGAACAGUGUAAAAAGAGUGAGGAUAUCCAAAGUUUUUCGCAUCGAUUUAAUAGCAAAAGUUCGGAACCAAGGCACCGGUUUAAUAAAGGUAAAGGUGCAUGUGAUCAAUUGAACCCAAAUUUACAUCAUUCAACAACUAGUUGUUUACCUAUGUCAAACCCUUCAACUAAAGACACAAGAAAGUCAGACCGGGUUAACACUUAUAAUUUUAAGACUAUCCAAUCACAUGAUUUACGUAGAGAUGAUACAAGUGAUUGUUCUGUGUCUAUAGAUAGAAUAAAUAAAUACGAUUUUCCUUACAAAAAAAAAUAUGCAUCUAUUUUGCCUGCUAAUCUCGAGCUUACCACAACACAUUCACAUUGUGAUGACUCACAGCUUCGUCCAUCAACUAAGUCUGUGAUUGGUCGCUGUUUUUCGGUCUCACCCAACCAUCGGUUGUCACACUCAUUAUCUGUUUCUCGGGCCAAUCAAAGUAAUGCAAGGGUUGAUAUGAGUGAAAAAGUUUGCACAAUGGAUAACUCAAACAGCUUCACAAACGGACGUAUUUUUAACAAAUGUUUUUGUGAUGAUACACAAAAUCAUAUAACACCGUCAAACCAACCUUCAUCGUGUUCUUCAGUGCCCUAUAAGACAGAUCAGAAAAGAAAAAGUUCUGAAUCACUUUCUUUGAGCGAUACUCAAGAUAUAAUGUAUUUAUAUUCAUAUGGACAUAAUAAUAGUGGUAAAUACAGGAAUCAAACAAGUGGACAAAGUAAUCAACCGAAAAGCAAUUACAAUCAGAUGCGUGUCGACUCUAUACUAGAAAAGCAAGACAUAUCGAAAAAAUGUACUAAGCCAGUGUCAAGAAUUACUGCGGAAUGCGACGUCUUUCAGCGGAGUCUUGAACCUAAAAAUAUCCCCGCAGAACAAUCUAGAUCGCAUAGAAACCAGAAUAAAACCUCUUUACAGAAUAGUAUUAUGAUUAGUGUUUCAAAUCAAAGCAGACAAUUAGCUUUGGCACAGGCACAUGCAUUAAAAUGUACUGACGAAGAUGUGAUUUCUUUUGGAACUAGUUUAUCAUCAUUGCCAUCCUCAGCGUUAUCAUCUUUUUGUCCAGGUGACACUUCUCUGGUUACUGCUCAUUCUCGUAACAUUGGUCGCUUGAAUGUGACUCUACCUGGUCUUGCAGUCAAUCAUUUGUCUAAUAGUCAUCACUCAUCCGACUGUUCAACGCGUGGUUCAAUAUCUUAUCAGUCUAAUAGUAAUCAUAAUCCAAAGUCACAAAACCCAAAUUUUAGAGGUACUGUCACAGGAGAUGUUUGUAAGCAACGUCAUGGGAGAUUGAAUACUGAAUCCUCUAAAAGUUGUAAAAACAGAAUAGGGAUAUCUGAAAGCUCUUCUAGUCAAUCGCUUUCUCCAUCGUAUGCCAAUGUAUUACUUCCUGCUCAGUCAUUUGAUUUGUCAUCGGAAUUUCCUUCUUCAGAUAAUCUGUCUACUAAUAGGAAUUUAGAUACCAUUAAUAAGCGCUCACCACGACCUUCAUCAGACCAUUCAAGAACCUAUCAAAAAACGCAGGAUUUGGAGAGAAAAAGUAUGCGUAAAAGUAAUUCUCGACAUAAUUUCAAGCCUGUAAAUAAGGAAUCUCAAAUCCACAAUCUCGUUCCUUCAAAAGUUUGUCGUGUUGGUCAAUACAUAUCUGGGUCUUCUUCACUAUUAUCUGUAAGUAAUCCGGAUGACAUAAAUGAUCCUAAAAAGUCUCCUGUAUAUGUAAUUAAGGAUACACGAGAAUAUGACUAUAUCAGAAAAGACCAUAGAAAAAUCUCAAAGUUGGCUGCAAAAAUAUCUCGUUAUCUGGAAAAUGGUAGGGAGGCAGAGGUUAAAAACUUUGUGAAUAAAAUACUACGUAAACCCGAAUCAAGGCGCGUUGUUGAUGAAUUGAUACGUUUAUGUGGAAAUAAUCUUCACAAAGUUCUCAAUCUUAAUCAAAUGGAGACACUGGAGAAUUUGCAGAAAAAUUCAACUCCUUUGAUUCACCUUGGAGCUUCACUUUCUGACUUAAGGACGUCGUACACGCUUGAUUUCGUCCCGUACAUGAAUGUCGAUUCACAUAGACGAGGUAGUUGUGGAAGCGUACUGUCUUCGCCUUGGAAUAUCACCUCUUACGAUCGUUCUUGGGCUCCUGCGUCACAUAAUCGGUCUACUCUUGGGUGUCCCAAUAAAUUAUCACCGUUUCAGAGAAAACGUACUUCCUUAUACUCACCUAAUACUAUUCGUUACAUUAAGUGGCCUUCUAGUGGAUGUAUUCGAAGCAAACCACCUUCACUGCCACCUCCACCUCCUCCUGUACCUCCAGUUUUGCCUAAAACAACAAUUUUACCACCGGAUGAUCGAAUUCGUGUUAUAGAUAUGCAUGCAAUUGAAGUUACUAAUCGCGUUCAUAUGACAUUCUCUGAACUGAUUUCUGAUCUGACCACUGGUAUAGAUAACGAAGUUGAAGUUAUACGUUCCCUUUAUCGAUGGACUACUGGUAAGGAUACCAGAUAUGAAGAUUAUGAUCCAGAAGCUCCAUCUGAUUCAUUGAUUGGGAUGUUGAGACAGAUGAAAUAUAAUCAGUUAUCGCGUAAUGAAUUAUUUUAUGAACUAUGCCGGUAUGCUGGAUUACAAUGUCAAUAUAUAACUGGUUAUUCUAAAGGUGCUGGAUAUCGUCCAGGCAUGCCAAUUAAAGAUAAUCAACUGUUUCGUAAUACUUGGCUUGCAGUGUACAUUUGUGAUGGUUGGCGUUUUGUAAAUUGUAAUUGGGGUGCUCGGUAUUUAUCGGAAAAUUUACCAGACGGUCGUUCGUCUUCAUCUGAAUGUGAUGAAUUUUAUUUUCUAACUGAUCCAGAACAACAUGUUUUUGAGAAUUUACCUGAUUUAAAAGUAUGGCAGCUAUUACGCAAACCAUUGAGUAUGGAUCGAUUCUGUCACUUACCACUACUUAAAUCGCCAUUUUUCAAUGCUAAUCUAUUUUUGAAAAAGAAUUAUUCCGAUUGUUUAGUUACCAAAAAUGGACAGGUAAUUUCACUAUUUUUUAUGAGUACAAUGUGGUAUGCACAUCAUUCGCUUUGUAUAAAUGAAUAACCUUUGAAUUGAGUCUGUAAUUUGUUUUCCAGAACUCUCCUUUAUAUAAAUAGUUCGUCUCAGUAUAUAUUAAAACUGUAGCUACAAUAACUUGAAUGGCGUUUCUGUUUUUUUCUUCAGCUCUUCUUUCCACAGGUGCGUGGUUUAUAAAACAGUCGAUUGAAGAAUAACGAAAGCAUAAUUAUUGUUAUAUAAUGAACGUAGAUAAAUCCACAUCAGUGUCUUAUGAAUUGUGGUAAACGAUAAUUUUUCUUUUGAGAUUUACAAGCUUAUAGAGGUGAUUACUUAUUUAAACCUGCAACCCCUCUUCAGAUAUAGGCCGCCGACCAAGGAUCUUCAAUAAAUUUAUCCCUGUCUCUCCUUUCCAAUCUUUGCCAAGUGGUAUUCAUAGUCUUAAUGUGUCGCCUUUGAUUCACGUCACUAUAUUUUCUUACAUCUGUUCCUCUUUCUUUCCCCCCGAGGAUUCCGAGCUAGAGCUUGUCUUGUAAUACAGUUUGAUUGUUUUCCACGAAACAUGACCAAUUUACCGUCAGCGUCUUUCCCUAAUUUCUCCAACCGGUUGCUGGUUUGUUCUACUCCAGGGUAGAGUAUGUUGAUAGUCUCGGUACAAUGGAUGUGUAUUAUCUUGCCUAGGAAGCUGUUUAUGAAUGCUUGUACUUGUAUUGUUCAAUUCAUUUCUCAGAAAUGAUCCACAGUGUUCCCGUUUGUUUACCACAUGAUCGAUCCUCACGAAAAGUAAAUUGUUUAUCUCUGAGUUGGGCAUCUACUAGAUUUUCUAUUCGGUUCAGCUAGCUAUAUUGAAACAUCCGAUUGACACUAAUAUUAACAUGAUUUUCUGUGGUUCUUACACGUACUAGGAACUCCUUUUUAGAGUAUCUUUAUGAAGUAUCCCUCUUUCCAGUCUGUUGAUACCUGUUCUUUCUCCGAGAUCUUUCUGAAGAAAACAUGAAACAUGAUUGAAUUUGCUUCUAUACCUAACUUUAUUAUUUCAGCUAGUGUUCAAACUGGUCAUACUGUUUUUCCAUUGUUGAUUUGUGCGAUGGUCUUGUUUGGUCUUCUAUUGUUGGUGGGGUAUCGUCUAUAAGGUGAUCUCCGUGCGCUGUUCUUAUAUCAUGUAGGUUCAGAUUAGCUGGUCUAUUCCGAAGCUCUUCAAAGUGCUGUAUUGCCGCUUUUGAUUCUCACUAGCUGGUUUUUGUUGGGGAUUCUAGAUCCUCAGGAAUCACCUUGGUAAACGUCUCAGUUUCGUAAUUUUAUCUUGGAAAUUCGAAUUUCUCAUUUUUGCUCUAAAAGCGCCCACUUUUACCUUCACCUUUGUAUUCUCCACUUUAAUGAACCUUAAACGUCAUUGGCUCGUUCCCUCUUUUACCACGCUAUUUUGUGACGUUUUCCAAGGACAUUUUUGUACUGCAUACAUACUCAUAAGUUGUGUUCUUGUUCGUUCGUGCUUCUGGCUGCUUGUGGAAUAUCUUUUUCCGGCUGAAUCUGGUCUUCUCCCUCUAGUUAGCAGGACUGGGGCACAUCUUAACUUGUCCUGUUAUUGUAUUGCUGACUUUGUUCCGUUUCGCCGGUUCUCGGCGAUAUCGUAGUUUCUUCGGACGUAACAGUUUCACGUCUUCGUUGCUGACUGGUCGCUCUUGUCUACUACUUUUUCCUGUUACCUUUUUGCUUUUGCUCUAUGGUUCUUCUAUACGUUAUUUUCCUUUAGCUUGUCCUACUGUAGUUGUCAGGUCUUUUAAAUAUUUAUGCUUGUCAUCCGUAAUGCUCUUCUCUACUCCUUUGUUUGCUUCUGUAUAUUCAGUCUGUAUCUUGGCUUUCUUUGCAAUUUUCAGGCUUUUUUGACUGCUGUUUCCUUGUUUUUGCUUUCUUGAUUUGUACUCACUGUCUUGAUUGAUUCACCCUCUAUGCUGGUGCUCCUUAAACUUCAGCACCUCUUGGUAUAUGGAAGUUAUUACUUUCUAAGUCCCUCCCUAGUUGUUCGCAAUAGUGGUUUCUUGUAAUGGCUUCUGUCAUAGAUGGAAUGUGUUGUAAAACAGUUGUAGUUCAAAGUGUAGCGCAUAAAUUUAUAAAUAUUGGUAACGGGAACAUUCAAACAAUCAACACAAAUGGAUUAACAUCCACUCCGUUGCACAAGCCAGCGAUCGUCUGGACUCAGUAGCUGAAUGGACAGGUGCGUUGGGCGUGUGAAGCGAAAAGUACUGGGUUCGAGUCCCAGUGUAAACUGAGGCGAGGGCGCACCCAACUGACUAGUUCCCAAAUAGGACGAAAUCUGCGUUCUGGAUUCCACUGAUAGCUGACGUCCAACUCUCCUCAUAAUUUGUUAUUUUAAUUAGUUCACAAAUCAUCGUCAAUGUCUUAGUGUAAAUUAAUAAUAUAUUCAUUGUAAUGUUUUUAUUCUUAUGUACACAGUUCUUCUAAAUACCCUCGACUUAUCAACUCCCCAUUCCUUACAUAAUUCUCUUGUAUUCUGUGGUCAUUUUAUUUGAAUUUCUUAUUAGUCUUGAUAAUAAUUCCAAUAUAAACUUGUCUGAUUCUUUUUUAUUUGUGUAUUAGGUGAGUGUAAAAAUAAAAAUGUCGAGAUUUGUUGGCAUUUCCUGCAGCUUAGAAAACUGUGCCGAUCAUAGUAUUCUGUUAGGGUUAUGCUUAGUCGAAAUCCUGUUACGACCAUCAGGUACUGUACGCAUUGAAGCUGCUCCAUCACAACCAGGAAAGUAUUAUUUGAACGUUUAUGUUUCACCUGAUUGGCGGCGUGAAGACAUCAGGGAAUUGGCAUGUUCAUUUCAGAUUCAUUGCUCAGAAUAUAAUUAUUCUCGUCUAGUUGUGACUGGUCGAUUGCCUGAAGUUGGCUUUCUUGGUCGUACACCUGCUUCAGAAGUGCAUGGCGUACUAAUGGUACCAGAAGGUGAUGCGUCAGAUGGUCGACCAUACAUUGUACACAAUGAUCCAAGACCUCUGAAAAUUCCUUUUGCCAUUGCUCCUGGUUUAAAGCUAUGCCACCAAUUAAAAUCGUUUGAUCGACCAGGUCAUCAAAUGGCAGAUUGUGAUAGUUAUGCAUUGCUUCAAAUGAAACCAAACCACCAUAGUAGUAUUACACAUUCAAAGCCAUUCAAAUCUCAGGCUAAUGCCUAUUAUAACGUUCGUCUACCUGUACAAGCAUUUUACUACUUGACUAUUUAUGCUUUUAAUGAAAAUGAUAUUGUCAAAGAUCAUCUAGACUGUGUGUAUCGUAUUUUAAUUGAUGCACGUAACUGUCGUUCUUCUGAGUUAAUUCAGGCUUAUCCGCGUCAAACAUUUUGGUGGGUUCAGUGUCGAUUAAUUGAACCUAAACAUCAGCAUUUAUUCAUUAACCGAAAUUAUAAAUUCUGUCUAGACGCUCCUCAAUGUGAUUCUGUAGCUGUUGUAAUCAAUGGAUCAGAAUGGCACUUCCUUACUCCAUCUUCACCAAUAUCACCAUCUAAACUCCAUUCACCAUCUGGCAGUAAUCAUCAUGGUCGUUGGAGUGGUAAAGUUUAUACUGGCAAAUGCUUGGGACAGUUAUCUGUGUUUGGACGUAUACCUCAUAUUAAUAAAUUUAAGGAGAUAAGUUUAGAAAAUGAAUGCAGAAUAAUUAAUGAUACCAUGCAUGGGGGUUAUAAUGGUAAUGACCAUGCAAAUAAUACUGAUACUACUACUAAUAAUAAUAAUAAUAACGAUGAAGAUGAUGAAGAAAAUUCCUAUAUUAAACUUUUAGAUUAUAUUCUCGUUCAAAAAGAAUUGUUUAGCUAACAGUUUGUUUAAGUUUACUAAUAAUUAUCUUUACAGUUUGUAACAUCUAAUCAAACUGAACACUUCCAUUUCCUGUGGAUAUUACCUUUUUUAUUACCAAUUAUAUUCUUCAGAGUAGCUCAACUGUUAAUACUACGUGUUUCAAAGUACAGUAGUUAGUAAUAAUCAUAUUUAUUAUGUAAUAGUUGAAUAUAUUUUGUGAUUUCCUUACUUCCACUAUUUAUUUUCUCUUUAUUUAAAUGUCUUGAAAAAGAAAUAAUUAAAAUUAUGCUCUCACAAUUAUUCUUCCACUUAUAUGUGAUAAAAUUUACUAGUUGUUUUUUAUUUAUUAACAUUUAUUUAUUUACUUUUAUUUUGUUAUCGACUAGCUAUUUUGCGUGUAUUUAGUAGUUUUACGUCAGUUUUAUUCCUUUUGGAAAGAGAUACAUAUUAAAGUAUAAUAUGCAAGGAGAGAGAGAAGGAGAAUAACAAAAAAAAAUUGUUGACUUUUGAUUGUAUUAAUUACGCUUCAUUAUUUCUUUUUGUUUGUGAGAAAAUUUAUUCCACUAACUGACUAAAGUAUGAUGGAGAUUUUUUCCCAUUUCUAGUUGAUUAGUUUGGUUUCCCAGUCGAUUGAUUUCCUUCUUUAGUGGUUAGUAAAAAUAUUGUAUUAAACAAUAAAAAUCACUUGUUUUCUUUUGAUUGACACAAUCUGAACUUCAAUCGACUCUCAAUGAGUAUGCACAAUAUAGCAGUUAUCUAGAGGAAAUGUUUUUCUUCUGCUAAAUUAUCAAUAAUAAUGCUGAUAAAGAGAAUCCAGCGAAGAAAAUUUUGAUUUCUACGAAACCAUUUACAUAAGUUGUACACUCGUAUUUAUAGUUAUAUGGGAAAUAUGUCUAUAGAAGGAUUGAAAUGAUUGCAUCAUAAAUUGAUUCCACACUCUUAUUACCAGAUGAGGUUACACAAGAAAUUUUUCUACGUUGAAUUCUCUUUAUUUUUAUUCAAUGACACAAUGGGUUAUUUUAAUAAUGCUGUUAAUUUAAUAUUUUAAUUUGAUUCGAUUGUAUUUUCUUUUUUAUUAAAUAUAAUAUGAUAUUAUUAUUAAUAAUAAUAAAAGGGCUACCGUAAUUCUUUACGCACACUCAAAAAGAGAGACAUUUAUUCUUUCGGAAAAGUUUUCUGACUCUCAGUUGAUUAUUUCUAAUUUAUUCACUAGAUUCUAUGCAUAUUCAUUUUAACUGUGUGCAUAGCUAACAUGUAAUUAGUUUUUUUUGUUAAUUGUUUUCCUCUUGCCUUAUUAUUGAUUAUGUAGUUUUAAAGCAAUAAAUAAUACGACGGGUAACUUUCAGUCUCCGACUUUUAUUAAAGUUUGUUGAUAUAAAGUGAAAGAAAAUACUGGAAUUUAUAUAUUUGGUUGUUUUACCUUCUUUUCUCAUCACUUAUGUUUGUGUAUUGUGUAUGAUACGAUAUAAUUGUGCUUACUUGAUUAGCUUGACUGUUUUCAUAUUGUUUACCUAUGUUUGAAUAUAUAAUGUAUACAGAGGGCAAUAACAUACUUUUGUUAAGCAGCUGCUGUCAUCUAAAGGCGCGCGAAUACUGUUGGUAUUUAUUUGUUUUUCUAGAGUGUUUGCUAAUUUAAAAAACACUUUGUCAUUUGAUAUUCAAUGGUUAAGUAUGACUAGUGGUGAACAAUUCAGAAGUAAUAUCUUUGACUGCUACAUUGAGUGAUGCGAGACUGUAUCCCACAAGGAGCAUCUGUUUUGUCUAGAUUGUACAUAUGGUUUGCCUAUGAGCUCCAACUUCCAUGAAACUAGAUUCCAACCAUCAUUCAUGAAGAAUUCUGUAUGCACAAUUAAAAGGAUAUGUGAAUUUUAAUAGCUGUUGUCUAAACCAGAUUAAUGGAGUACAUUUACAAUUAUAAUAUUCAAAAAAUCGUCACUACAGAAUUAAACUUAUCGGAAACUUUCCAUUAACUGCAGAGUUUGGUUAAAACAUCAUAGAAACCAGGCUUAGUACUUUCAAGAUAAGUGAGGAGGGAGAAUAAGAAAGUUUCUUAACUCUCAGUUUUGUCAAGGAGACGAAACUUGUUUAAAUCCAUGUGCCAAAUUUUAAUCGAAUAGCGGGUCCAUAUUCGGGAAAAAUUAAAAACUCUGCUUUCAUGCACAAAUCGAUCGUCCAAUACACUUCAAAAGUUUUCGUUAGCAUAUGUAGAUUGACUGGUCCUUGAUAGAUUUAUAAUUGGCAUUUUAAAAUAGAGCUGAUCAUAAAUUCAAUAUUUCUUAGGGACAGUCUUGCCAAUCUUAAACUAAUUCAGAAAAUUCUAUGUUUAUCGAUUUUGUAAAGUUUAACUUUUACAAAGCUUUCUACCGAGUGAGAAUAAUCACUAAGGAUGUAAGAAAUUAGCAACUGAAUCUGUUAAUUUAUCUGCAUACCAUUAGCUAAGGUUCUCGAAUUCCUUUGGCUAUAUAUGUUGUUUUAACUUCUGUAUACAUAUUUAAAAGACGGCCUUUUUUGUACAAUUUACCGACUUAGUUUUAUAAAUCGCUAGUCCCCCAUCACAGUUUUAUUUUGAUCGUUGAUUUGUCAGCCUUUGUCUAGGAUACUUAGUAUUGGAUAGGAUUUCAAGUACUAUUGUGGCUUUCAAUGUGGAGUUACUUAUUAAGGAAAUUUUAUGUUUACUGAAGUCGAAUAAAUGUACUGAACAUCAUUUUUGAGCUGAGAAAGUAAUUACACUUACCAGAAUAAAAAAUUCUAUUAUCGGUUGCUGGAUUAAACCAUCUUAGUAGUAAAAACCUCUGAAACAAGGGUCACUGUACUUUUUCAGUCUAUCAAGUUAUCCGUUUUCCAUCUUCAUACCCCAGCGAUUCGGCAUCUAAUGUAACAUGCCUAGUUUUUUAUAAUCUAAUUGAUUGGUUGACUGGAAAACAAUGAUGCAUACUAUUUCUCUGAAAGUAGUCUAUAAUAUAGAUGAAAAAAUAAGUGUGAUUUAACUAAGAUUAUUUAUUUCAUACUCUAGUGUAUAUAGUUCAUUGUCAUAAUUGUUUUAUAGCCAUUAUCUAAACAUCCCAGACAUGCAAUUCAAAAUCAAUCAGGAUUUCGCUAAAAAUUAUAACCGAUAUCGUCAAAAGGAGGAAUACGAGAAACUAAAGGCUAAACACGGUGAUGCUAAACUGAAGGAUAUUAAACUAUCCAAGUUAUCUGAUACUAAUUUCAAAGUGGACGAAAAUGUAACCGUUGCUUCAGUUUCAGAUAAUGAUGAUGAGUCUACUUCAAGUUCCUCAGACACUGAUGAUAGUUGGGAAGAAAAACAACAAGAUGAUUUUUUGACUCUAUAUCAAGCAUUGUGUACAAAUGAUCCAUCUCUUAAUGAUCCUAAUAAACAAUGGUUUCGUGAACCUAGUGAAUCGGAUGAUGAAAGUUCAAAGUCCUCAGAUGAAAUUUCCGAGUCAGAAAUUAAUAAAAAUAACAAUAAACAAAUGCAAAUAGAUGCCAAGACAGAAAAGAAACGUGUUUUGAAACUUCGGGAUUAUGAACGCGAAUUUCUUUUGGCUCAAGAUGGAUUAGAGGAUGAAAGUGUUUCAAAGGAGGCGCAGAAGAUUGCUCAGAUGGAAAGUGAUGAUGUUUUGAGAAAAAUGAAAACACAGUCGAUAGAUUUGUCAAAGGAACAAUUUAUACAAGAGGCCAAUGAAGCGCUUAAUCAGGCGGCUGUAAUUUCAGGUGAAAUGAAGGACAAUAGGACCAGUGAGAGUAAUUAUGAUGACUUAAAUUUUUUACGGAAGCGCAAAAGUGAAAUAGAACCACCUACUCCAAACAGAAAAAAGCGUAAAUCCCAUUAUGAUUUAGAUAAAAUAGUUUUUACUGAUUCAACUAACAAAGAAGCUGAAGAGUUUUUACGUGAUUAUAUUAUAAAUAAACGUUGGAUUGAACCUAAUUCACAACGAAGUAAUAAAAUUCCAACUUAUUCUGAUGUUCUACACGAAUCCGGCUUAGAUAUAAAUGGGGAUAAACGGAAAAAUCUUUUAAAUGAUGAUGAUAUUCUUGAUGAAGACGAUGAAUUCCUUGUUAAAUUAAAUAACUUAGAACAGGGACGUUUACACUCUUUAGGUGUUAAUACGGGUGUUACAAAACUACAUAAAACUGAGCAUCGUUUUGAAGAAGAAGAUAAAGAAUUUAUAAAAUCCUACCCUCGAAUUAUAGAAAAUAGUAUUGGUCAAACACUCUGUGUUAAAUCGAAACGAGCUGAACGAAGACAAGCUAAGAUUGAACGUAAGAGAAAAGAAAAACAAGCUAAACUUCAAGAAUUAACUCGCCUACGGAAUCUAAAAUUAAGUAUGCUAGCUGAAAAAAUUGAAAGAAUUAAACGUACUUGUGGUCCAGGAUCAUUAUUACUUGAUGCUAAUGAACUGAUUGAAUCACAGACUAAAGAAUAUGAUAGUAAUGAUAAUAAUAAAUUAAAAAAUUCGACCAAGGUAGAUGUCCUAGAUGUUGCUGAAUAUUUAGAUGAAGAUUGGGAUCCUGAAAAGCAUGAAAAGUUGUUGGACUCAAUGUUUGGAAAACAUUAUGAAGAAAUAGAUGAAGAGAUAAAAAAGCCAGAGUUUUCGGAUGAUAGUGAUCUAGAAGUGGAGCCUUCUGUAGAUGAUGGGCACGAUUCACACAUGAAACAACAUGAACCAGAAACAUCUAUUAAUAAUGAUUCUGGAGACAAUGUACCACUAAAACACUCGAGCAAUUUGAAUUCUAACUACAAACUAUCUACUGCAAAUAAUAAUAAGUCAAUGCGUGGAAAACGGAGACUUUAUGAAGCAUUAGAGAGAAGUAAACCAAUUUUCAAUCCUGAUGAUUAUCCAGACUAUGAGGUAAGUGAUGUCACUAAGUACGCGUUAAACAGUAAGGAUAUUAAUACGUCUGAUUUAACUGUUCUAUUUAUACAAACAGAUAAACUUCAAAAUGUUGUUGCUUUGGUUCGAAUUAUAGUGUGGCUGAAGUGCUAGCGUAUCACUACCAAUCAGUCAGUCAGCUACAACGUAGGAUCAGGCACAUAUCUGCAUCGGUCCAAGUUGCCAUACCUCAUUAGCACAACAAGAUGAACAACGAAUUCAUAGAGGUAGUUAAUUCAGUGGUGGUAAUAUAUAAAAGAAAGAUUGCAUAUAAGGAUAUAGUACAGGAAGAAAAGAUUAGUUGGUAGAAAGAAAGAUAUAAAGCAAUUUUAACCUCAUAGUGUAAGGGAAGACAGAGAGUGCAUACACCUACGCCAUUGUGACCGAUUCUGAGCCAUGUCACCCAGAGUCUCCAAUCAUUGGUUACGAUAGUCACGCGGACCCCAACCAAGUAGUCUGCAUCUACCAACAUGGCUAAGACUAGAAGUUAGUGACUUCAAGCACUGAUGUCACGUUUUGGUUUGACCGUCCCUAACUUUCUUUCAACCAUCCCCAACACUAGUCAGCAUUACGCGUGGUGGUAAUCGGUGUUCAGGCAUACGUAACACGUGGCCCAACCAUCUCAGUCUAUGAUGAUUUACUAUACUAGAAUUAAAAUUUAUGGUUAGCUUCCAGUUAUUUAUUAUUAGCCCAUCAACUAUAUAUGUUCUGUAAUAAUGUAAUUAUUAAAUAUUAGUAUUAACCUUAAUAUGUGUCAUGUUUUAAAAGGUGAAUCCGUGCAAUAUCACUUGUUUAGCAUACUGAAUUCAACUAUCUUAAAUACAGAUUAAAAUCUGAGUUUUGAGAUAGUAUUAAAUUGUCAAAAAUGCUCAUGAUUAUUGUUCACAUAGGAUAAUUUUGUGACAUCGCCACUGAUGAACUGUCCGGUUGUUUGUAUCAUUAUAAUGUGUUCCUAUACUUAGUCAAUAAGAAUAUUUUUUAUUACAACCAUGAUGAAUACAAUCUGUGAUUCAGAAUAAAUAUAAACGAAAAAAACUAUGAUUUUCUAUAAUAUUUGAUAAUAACUUCAUUAUUAUCUCUUCUAAAUGUUUUGCAAAUACAAAGGAUACAUUACACGGCGUCUUAUAUUUCUCACUAUUUUAUUCCAUCCUCAAGUCUCUAGUUUAGACUGUUCAUUUAAUUUCUUUCCAUGUUUAUGAGUAAUUUGCAUACUUUCCAUUGUUCUGUUAUAUUUCGUGUUGUGUUGCACAUGAGAAAGUAAUACUAAGUAUUAAAAGUACAUGUGAUAUGGAUAUAGAUAUUGUAUUACAACUUUCUAUUUCAUGUUUAUAUUUGCAACAAUUAAUGUAUGCAUUUUUUCAGACCAAGAUAAUUUAUGUUUGGUGUUUAUAUACAAUAGAUAUGUGAUUAUUAAAGUUAACAGUAACCUAGAUUCCGACCAAAAUUAACCUAUAGACCGUCAGAUUUCUAACUUAAAAUGAAACAAUACUUUUCCAACGAGUGUAAUCUUUUGCGACACUAUGAGUAUAUGCUACCUUUGAACAUAGGCUGCAACACUUGAUAAUUAACAUUCAGGUGAUGUCGUCUGAGUGCUUUACAGUUUGAACUAGAAUUCAACCAUUAAUGACUGAGUUUCAAUCACAGUAUUCGUCUAUAUAUAUGACCCAAGGGGUGUUUGUUUGGUUAUUAAUUGGAACUUCUCGGACGUGUUUCGAUUUUUCAUAUGUCCUCUGGUUACACUAAAUCAACAGAGCCAUCAAAGCCGAUUCUGUCUGAGAUAAUUUUGUUUGCUCAGUUGCCCUCUCCAUUAGUUUAUUGUAAAUCGAUGUGAUUCUCACUGUUUAAGACGAUGGUAUUGAAACAAUUAAAAGAGUUUUAAAUUAUAAAAACCUGGUAUCUUCUAUCCUGAUCUUACCUUGACCUGAGUAACUUUGGGUCGCGCCAUCUGUGCGAUCGUGGUUAUUAAUUUUUCAUGUUGUUAUUCGUAGUUACACUAUUGUCUCAAAUCAUAAAAUUCAUUCAGCGGUCAACGCACAUUAUCAUAAUGGAAGCCUUAUCAUCGUCUGUGUUAACUAAUAAUCAGUAUCUCAAUAAUUGAUCGUGUCCUGUGUUCCACUGAUAGAAGGAUCCUGUUUAUGCUGUAUAAUCUAGUCAGUAGUCAGUAAGCUACUUGAUCAAUGUUUUCGGUCUGCGUUUUGCUCACUUUGAAGCGUUUACUUGAUUGUCAUAUUGAUCGUCAUCAUCACUGUUGGCUUAUAAAUAUUUGUGAUUAUUUAGUGAUAGAGUAGUGAAUGUCAUAUUAAUUGAAAUCUGUUGGUUAUCUUCUACAAUUUAAGGAGUUGUCUGUGGUUCUGUCGUCAAAUCAGUUUCGAUAAUUAGAUUUCAGGUUCAAAUAUCACUUUAUCUGUCUUAUUUAACACAAUCUCUAUUGCUUAUACAAUGGAUACCUGAGUUAGAGACUUGUAGUUAGUUCUCACUUGACGAUGGAUUGUUGUAAUUCUAAAAGUAACAAGCUAAGCCAACAAGAAUCAAAUACACUGAAUAACCAUGUUCAAUUUAUCAUUAGCGUGAUACUGUGAUGUGACUUUGAUCAAUUUUGUCAUAUGGUCAUUGUUGUAAUUGUUGUUUCCCUUAAUAACAAAUAUGUGUAAAUCUCGCAAUCUAUAGAAAUAUUUUGAAGAAUUUUAUCAGUUACAUUGUGAAGAUAUUAUACCCGGUCCUACUUCCAAUGAAGACGUUUACUGUCGUUUCAAAUAUCGUAAUGUUAUGCCAAAUGAUUUUGGCUUAAGUACAGAAGAAAUACUAAAAGCUGAUCCUAAAGAAUUGAAUGCAUGGGUAUCAUUAAAACGUAUCACAGCUUAUUUGUAAGUGUUGUUUAUUGUUACUUGUAUGUAAUAUUCUUACAAAUUCAUUUUAUCUAUCUAGAAAAUAAAAUUACUUAGUUCGAAAAUAGGGAAAAAUAAUUGUUUUAAUCCACUUCCUUUACUUAUUUGUUACUUCAGGAGAAUGGAAAAUGGUGUCGAACUGAAAUUUCAGAAUUGCAUCAUCAUCUGUAGCCUUUAAAACCUGACUUUUUUAGAAUCGUUAUUACUCUUCGAUUACUCUGUACACUACUUGAGAUGAGCGGUUCAUUUACAAAAUGUUGUUAGUUUAUAUCGAACCUAUAAUAUAAUUAAAAUUGGAUUGUUAUUUAUAUUUAUCUUUCACAUCCCUAUUCAAGUACAGUAUUCUGAUUCAAGUUUCUUGAAAUUAUAUCUGUCGAUAAAUGCUUUUCUAAUUUGUAUAACUGUUCAGAUGCAUAUCAUGUAGUACACUCAGUUGAACUACUCAACUUACUGAGAUGUAUACGUUAUUCUUCAUUAACUUAAGAGUUAUUAUCUUUUGAGAAAUUCGUUGUUGAAAAUCCGUAAAUAUGUUAUUUGACGUUUUCCCUUUAUAUUAUGCAAUCUGUUUGAUAGGUCACAUGAAGAAGAAAUGAAAGACCAAGAACUAUAUAGUUCUAAUUAUCAAAUGAAACGUAAAAUGAGUGUUUUAGGUUCAUUAAAUAAUCCAAACGCUACUUGGUAUCCUAAUGAAAAUCAAGAUAUUGAAAGUAGUAGUGGGUCAUCGAAAAAAAAGCGCAGACGUCAUAAAAAGAAAAAACGAUUCUGUUCAGAGGCUCAAGCAGUCAAACUCAGUGAUAAUGACAACAAUAAUAGCAACAAUGUUAAUCCAAUAGAACAAAAUGAAAACGAUAUCGAAAAUUCAGAAAAACGGGUGAAAUUAGGAAAAACGAAAAAGAAGUAUGUUAAAGACGCAAACAAAUUAGACACAAAGAAUAUCUUUAAGUCUCGUCUUCAGGCGGCUGGUAUAACCUUGAAAGAAUAUCAUCGUACAAUGCGGCGAGAAAACAAUUGUAAAUCUGAAUGCGUCAAUAAAUAAAAUAUCUCUUGGUUUGAAAA